UUAAUGACAUAUUAAGUUAUUUUAGAUUUACUAAAAAAUUAUUGAGAUGAUUUAUAUAAUAUAACUCGUAAAUUCAAAACGUGAAUUUUGUAAGAUAGGUGUCCAGUAAAAAAAAUGAUUAAGUGGUGUAAGAGUAAUCAAUUGUUACACCUGUAAAAAAAAAAUUAUUUUUUUUUAACAAGAACUUUUGAAAGAAAAAAAACUUUUUGUGAUCAACCUGCACAAUUUGUCAAAUGCAAUUUAAGGUAAUGAACAUGCAAAAGGGUACAUCUAAAUUAAUCUCGUUCAAAAUUUUGAGUGGAUAAAAAAUAAAGCAGUCGCAGCCCAAAAUCCUAAAAAUUUUAGCAUUUUAUUUAUUUAUACCUGUCUAAUUUUUUUUUUCACCCAAAUAAAAAUGAAGGGAAAAAAUCUAUGGUUCACAAAUAUAUACGCUGUCUGUAGGAAAGCUAAGAAUCAGGCUUUCUCGCAUAUUUAGGCAAUAAAUAUGGAAAAAAAACUCUUAAAAAACACAAAAGAAGAGGGAGAUUCUAAAUUCUGAAUGUACAAAGAUUUUAGGACAGUGACAAAUAGCAAACUAAAAUGGCAACUAUGUUUGAUAUUAAUACCUUUCUAAAUUUUAUAUCCUCCGAGGAUUAUUCUCUUCCAUAUAAUCUCACCAAAAAAUUGUCUCAAACAGCUAGCAAACAACAUAACAACAAUUAUGGCUCCAACUCUUUCACCCAUUUUUGCUGCUUGAGACAACCUUAAUUCAAUUUCCACACCAUUAACAUAAAAAGGAGACAGGAUGGCCUUUGGAAACCCUCCUCCACUCCAUGGCCUCCUGUCUUUCAUCCUUCUCUUCUUCUCCUCCUCUUUUCUCUUCCAUGAUCAUGUUGCUGCCGCAGUCACCGUCACCACCACUUCCAUCCACCUCGAUGUCGUUCGAAAGCCUACCCCUGACGUUCCUAUCUUCAGAGAAGCCCCUGCUUUUCGCAACGGCGAUGAAUGCAACAAAGAAAGCAUUCACAUUUCCAUGACAUUGGACUCAAAUUACCUUAGAGGAACCAUGGCUGCUGUCCUCUCCAUUCUGCAACAUUCAAGUUGUCCUGAAAAUUUUGAGUUUCAUUUCCUUUGGGCAAGGUUUGAACCUCAGGUUUUUCUAAGCAUAAGAUCAACUUUCCCUUACCUCAAGUUCAAGAUUUAUCGCUUUGAAUCCAAUAGGGUACGAGGGAAAAUCUCGAAAUCGAUUCGUCAAGCAUUGGAUCAACCUCUUAACUAUGCAAGAAUCUACCUCUCUGACAUUCUUCCCGGUUAUGUCAAGCGAGUUAUAUACCUUGAUUCUGAUAUUGUUGUUGUUGAUGACAUUGCAAAGCUAUGGGAGGUUAACUUGCAGGGCAAGGUACUAGCUGCACCAGAAUAUUGCCACGCGAAUUUCACCGAGUAUUUCACAGAAUUGUUUUGGAAAGAUCCCGAGUUAUCUCGAACUUUCGAGGGUCGGCAUCCGUGUUAUUUCAAUACGGGGGUGAUGGUUAUGGAUGUGGAAAAAUGGAGGGGAGGGGGGUAUACGCAGAAGGUGGAGCAUUGGAUGGCAGUGCAGAAGCAAAAAAGGAUAUAUCAUUUAGGAUCAUUGCCUCCUUUUCUUUUGGUUUUGGCAGGGGAUUUGAAGAGUGUGGAUCAUAGGUGGAAUCAACAUGGACUUGGAGGGGAUAAUCUUGAAGGAAAAUGUAGGAGUUUGCAUCCUGGUCCUAUUAGUUUGCUUCAUUGGAGUGGUAAGGGAAAACCUUGGUUGAGAUUGGAUUCAAGGAGACCUUGUUCUGUUGAUCAUUUAUGGGCACCUUAUGAUCUUUAUCGUCCAAAUACUCAUUCUUUGGAAGAAUGAGUUGCAAAGAGAAUGGUGGAGGAGGAGGUGGGGGAGGAGAAGGAGCUCAUUAAAAUCACACAUGAAAAGGGUCGUUGUUGGGAAUUUGUCUAGCAAGUUGUUUAUUAAGAAAAAGGGAGAGUUGGGGGAGGAAGAAUUUAAAACAAGAAAGAGGUGAGUAAUCUUAAUUUUAAACAAUAUUCAUUUGUUAAAACUUUUUAUUUAUUUGGUCCUUUCGAGAAGGACAUAUAUAAUUGAGAGAAUUUGGGUGAAAGUGUUGUGAGGGGAAUAGAGUAAUAACUAAUUAACAAAAUAAAUAAAUAAAUAAAUAAGCUUUUUGCAGUUUGGUGUUGAAGAAAACUAGCAAAGGUAAGAGAUGGAUUAAUUUGCAAAAGCCUUUGUUCAAGGGACUUACUACUUCAGAAGCCAAUGGAAAUUAUAGAAAUAUAGUUGGAGCAUUGUUGGUUAUGUGUUUUUAUGUUUCUUUUCUUCUUCUGUUUUAUGGGUUUUUAAGGGGUAUGAAUAAGAAAUUUCCUUGGGCAUUGGUUGUGUGGAUGAUGGUAUCAUUUGCAUCAGUGACUGGUUGCCAGAUCGAUGAACAUCGUCCAAAAUUAAGUGUCCUGAAAAAGUGAUAUCUAUAUGAAUUUUAAUAUCUGUUUAUUAUCUUGAUAGAUUUUGUACAUUGUGUCCAGCUUAAUUGCUGCUAGAAGAUUUUGCCAUUUUUCAAGUUCUAUUUUCUAUUGGAAAUUGUGCAUGUGAUUUAUUUAGUGAUAGUUGUGGUCUAAUAAUAAUCUAAUUAAUAUACCACUACAUAUUGUUGUCCUUGGCCAAAUUA